AUGAAGUCCAUGACGAAGAGAGCGGACUCUCUUCGGGUGUUCGUGGACUUGGGCGCGUCGAACAACUUUGUUCGACAGCAAAGUCUACCGUUGUUGGACUUCGAGGAGAAGCAUAGGCCUCGAAGUCAGUUGGAAGUGCGAUUGGCAACAGGUGCCAUCGUGAAGACCGAGAAGCGCGUCAUUCGCGCACUCUUCUCGUACAAACACCGGGUGUUUGUGGAAGAACUUCUCGUCCUGGACUUGGACGACAAGUUCAACAUGGUGUUGGGCAUGCCGUGGCUUGCACGGCAUGGCGGGCUGUAA